AAGAUGAGUAUUUUCAUUGGAUUGUGAUGUAAAGUGUGGCAUGAAUAGUCAGUAUAUGUCCAUGAAAAUGGCUGUAAAUUCAAAUCCUCACCAUAAAAUUGAUGCUUGUUCAUUUUCGAAGAAUGACAGUUCACAAAUGACACAAACGCCAGUGAAAAAAGAUAUCCUAGUUCCUCAUGGCCAUAUAAUAAUUAGUUACAAGUGGAGAGGGACAGAGUUGGCUAAGGCGCUUGAGAAGGGUGUGAAAGUGAUAAUUUCAGAGCAGUUGGGAGUUGUAGACUUUCAUCCCUCUAGUGAUGUAGCAGUGGCCUAUGUCUCUGAAGUAGACAUUAUAGCAGGAACAUCUUUCAGAAGGAAACUUGUAAAGAUGAGGCAGGCUGACUGCAUGCGAGGUGUUGUGAUCGUAGAAAAAACACCAUACACCACUCAGCAAUUUUAUUCUCUACAAAAAUUUACUGUGCUAGAACUAGGGCUAACUCUCAUACCAAUUGCAAACUCAUCUGAAGCUGGACAACUUUUGAUACAGAUGGUUCAUGCAGAGAACAGAGAGAGCUGUAAUCCAUUUCGGCUCAAGAGACAAAUUCCCCCUAUGGAAGUCCUAUUGGUGAGGACUUUAACUUGUAUACCAUCCUUAGGAGAUGUUAAAGCUCGAGCCUUACUACAGAAGUUCCAUUGUAAGUAAACAAUAGACACUUCAGAAAGUUGGUCAGGCUAGUGAGCAGGAACUAGAGAUUGUGGUUGGAAAAGGUAGUGCUCAGAAAGUUUAUGACUUCUUUCACAAGGCUUCGACUUGACAUUUCAAGUGACAAUUUGUUGAAGAAUUCCUUUGAGAAUGAAUCUGUAUAUAUUUUUUAUUGAAAUGCCAAAACUAAACACUUUAUAAAUAAUUAUACUGCUUGGAUUAAAAUUGAGUCAAGUGUGGGUUUCAGAUUUAAGCUUUUUUGUAAAUUAUAAUUUUGUCUGAGCUUGUAUCCUUUCAAAUUUCUCUCAACAUUCAAAAGUUAGGUAUGAAAAUUUUAUUUAUUCAAAAUGCUGGUUUAUCGACAGUGCUACGAUUGAAGUGUAAUAAUAAUGUUGAUCUAUAUCUCUUAUGUCAAAUGCUGUACUGAUAAGCACUUAGUUUAAGGUUAUUAUUGGUAUGCAACAAAAGGAAAGAAAAUGUCACAAACUAUUUGAAUUUCGAUAUUUAUAAUAAGAUUAAUGUUAUCAGGAUGACUUGCCGCUAAUGUGCAGUAAACCACAUUUUUUUGAAUACUUGGAUUGAAAUACCGAAAGAUUUUUCAUUCCAACAAUGGAAUAAAGAAUAUUUGAAAGGAAAGACAGUCGAGGUAACUAACAAUUUUUAAGUCAUUACACUGAAUGUUCUUUUAUAAAUUAAAAUUUUUGUCUCGAUUUCAUAUUCGUAUAGGAAAAGUAGAAAAGACCUUGAAAUGCUGACAAUGUUAAGCUAAAUAAAAAUCCUAUUUUUCAAGUACUUUAUUAUUUUGCUUAAGAUCAGGAAAUGAAAUAUUACUAAAGCUUCAUUUUCUUGACACUUGUGACUUUUUUGUGUUGUACAUAUAUGCACAGAAAUGAUCAUAGAAAAAUUUGUAUAUAUUGUUUAAUAAAUGCACUCAUAUAGUAAUAUUAAACUAAGUUGUAAUAACUAAUCAAUGUCGGAUGCUGUAUUCAUAUUUUUUUAGCAGUGUAAACAUUAAAGGCAACAAUCUUAUA